AUCUGUGUCAGGUAUUCAAGAUAGUGUAUAUUUAAGUAAACCGAUAACGUUACUGUCGUUUGUAAAAUUCAAUAUAAAAUAUUUACCUGUUAACCUUGUAAAGGGAUUUUAAAGACAGCAAGGAAAUCUCAGUAUUGAAGCCAUGGCGGGAAGAUUAACAAAUAAAGACAGAGAUCAAUUAGAGAAGUGGAUAGGAACAGGCCCCAAAUCAUUCACACUUCUCUAUGCUAUAACAAGAGACAGAUGUGAACCCAAAAUAUUUCACGAGAAAUGCGACAACCAAGGACCAACAGUCACUGUAGUUUACAAUACACAAGGAUCUGUAUAUGGAGGCUACAACGCUACUACUUGGACCACAAGAUCAAGCCAUCAGGACGAUUGCUGUACCGAUGCAUUUCUUUUCCAGCUUUACUUUAACGGAAAUCCAAAAGCAAACAAAUUUACGCUGAAAAAAGGACGGUAUCAGUCUGCGAUUCACAACGACCCAAACUGGGGCCCUACAUUUGGUCACUACGAGCUGAAAACAUUUACAUCAAAUAUUGUUUACUCUGGAUCUUAUUUCCCUUUAAAUGGCGGCCCCAGCAAUUUUGGAAGCUUUUAUGAGAUGCAAGGCAUGACGAAAGAUGAAAUUUACAACAAUACAAUGGACGUCAUUGAAUUAGAAGUGUACAAAGUUACAUAUGACGAAAACAAAGAGAGAAAGCCAUGGCGGGGUGUUGGCAGUUGGAAUAAAAAGUUGCUUGAAAGACUUAAAGACGAAAUCAUCACAUUUAAGCCUGUCCCAGAGUUGAAUUUCAAUGAGGCGAGGAUUGCUUUGAUAGGUCCAGUAGGAGCAGGAAAAUCCAGUUUCUACAAUACAAUAGAUUCGGUAUUCCGCGAAAGAGUUACACAGCGAGCUUGUAGCGGAAGUGCUGAGCAAAGUAUUACUACAAAGUACAUACCAUACACGGUGAGACUAGAAUCUGGAGACUCACUGAAGUUUCUCUUGUGUGAUACACCUGGUUUAGAAGACUCUGCUGGACUUGACGUAAACGAAUGUACCUUCCUCCUGGACGGAAACAUACCCGACUUCUAUCUAUUCAACAAGAAAUCACCGCUUACACCAAAAACGGAAAGCUUCAAAAAUGAACCGACAAUAAGAGAUAUGAUCCACUGUGUUGUUUUCGUGCUUGAUGCCACCACUCUGGAUGUUUUGUCUUCUGAUGUAUUAGAAAAAAUGAAGAAUUUCCAAACCUUGAUGAAUGAAAGAGGAACUCCACAAAUGAUUUUACUGACGAAGAUAGACAAGCUAUGCAAAGACGUCCAGAACGACAUUUCGUUCACAUACAAAAGCUGGCUUGUUGAGGAACACGUUGAGAAAGCUUCGCAACGUCUUGGUUUACGCCGCUCAAACGUACUUCCGGUCAAAAACUACGAGAAGGAAUGCGAACUUGAUCUAAACAUAAAUAUCCUUGCAUCAUUGGCGUUGCGUCAGAUUUUACGGUCGGCAGAGGACUUCAUGUACAAUCUCCUGGACCGACAAAAGUUUGCAAAAAUAGAUAUACAGGAAUAAAAAAUGAAUACAUAACAUUCAACUUGUAAGUCUCCGACAGUUUGAAAUGUAGAAAAAACAUGUGAUAUUCCAAUGUAUAUUUUGUGCAGUAAAACGAUUACACGCAACAAAAUGUGUAAUAUUCAAUUCGAAAAUAACUUCUUUGUCUAAACAUUGACACGUUUAAACAUUUGACAAUGUAGUAUGAAACGGCUUAUUUAAACCAUAACGUAAGUUUGUUUUUGUUAACAUCAUAUGCCCUUUCUUCUAUUUGGUAAUAUGAACGUAUCAGUUGUGUAUUUCUAUGUUUUCUACAACUAUAUAGGCCUAGCAUUAACUGUAGCUCGUCUAAUACUUUAGACAAGUAAGUCAUACAAAAUGUUUGUCCAACAUUAUCAGGAAAACUCAGUUUCCUCCUACUGUGGAUAAAUUUUAACUAUGUAAUUAUAAUUAGUUGUAUGCUAGUUUAUGCUCAUUUACUUUACAUUUUUCUUUUGAGUACAAUGUUUUACAAUAGCG